GGCGGAGAUGCCGUUCAUGUGUGCUCCGUUGGUGUUUCCGGGGAUCGAGCGGGUGGCGCAUGAGAUGAUCGACGGGUAUGCGCAGGGCAGGGAGUCCGCCAGUAACGCGGCGCUCAGGUUCAAAGAUAAGGCCAAGGGAACGGGCAAGUGGCUCGCCGACUAUUUUGACCGUCGCGCGCAGGCCGACUUUGCAUUCAACAAUCCUAAUUCAACACUCGUGAAGGCCAUGGGCGAUGCAGCCCCACAGUUCAAGUCUAAGUUGAGUGACCCGAACGACCAGCGGAACAAACACCUGGCUACCCUCAUCACCGGGGGAAAGCUGCGAGCAGAGCCGUGAGUUUUCAUCUCGACAGUGUUCAUGUGGUUAAGGUGAGUUGAUCUGACUCUGACAGACUUGGUGCGAAACGGCGGUGGGAAAAGGCGCAACGUAAACUGGACGAGCAAAGGGCUCAAGGGUUGAAGGAAAAGCCUCAGAAGCGCCUGUUACAGGAGAACGUGUUAUACCUCAUGGUGGUGAAUAUGCCCACAGAAGCUGAG